CCCUCGGCAGAGACGGACGGGGAGGGGACGAGGCUGAGGCUGGAGACCGGAGACCGGAGACCGGGGCUGAGGAGAACAACCUGCCGCCUCCGUCUGUGCCGAGGCUCUGAUGGAGUGAACGCGGGGAAACUAACGAGCCAGCGCCGUUUUCUGCCUCCGCCAUGGAAACGAUUCCUCGCUCAUCUCAGUGAAGCCUGGGGGCCGGGGUGGGUCAGAGGUCACCCGCCGAACCUGCACUUCUCCCUCUUACCCCCUGCACCCCACCACACCCCACCACCCCCCACACCUCACCCUCCACCACCCCACAUUGUCCCCCACUGUUUAGCCCCCUUGUCCAUCACGUCUCUUGGCACCCGUGUUGUCACCUGCCCGUAAUCAGCCAAUCGGCCGCACAGUCACAGUUGAGUGUUUCAUGACGGGAGCCGCCCCGUCAGUCACCAGACGCUGCGCUCGAGUGUCCUAGUCGUCUUCUCAGAUAACGCCUCUCACAUCCAGGCCUCAAGAUGAUGUGCGAGGUGAUGCCCACCAUCUCGGAGGACGGGCGUAGCGGCGGAGGAGGUGGCUCGUCCUCGCCUGCGGGUGGAGGAGGAGGAGGAGGCAUAGGCGGAGGGAUGGGAGGCACAGGCAGCGGCUACAGCAGCCGGGAGGCCCGCAGUGGUAGCAGCGGCGGGGAUGAAGGAGGGAGCACGGGAAACCUGGAGUCACUGAUGGUGAACAUGUUGACGGAGAGGGAGCGUCUGCUGGAGAGUCUGAGGGAGACGCAGGACUGUCUGGGCACCGCCCACCUACGACUGCGAGAGCUGGGCCACGAGAAGGAGUCGCUCCAGAGGCAGCUGUCCAUCGCUCUGCCACAGGAGUUUGCAGUGCUGACCAAAGAGCUGAACCUCUGUCGGGAGCAGCUGCUGGAGAGAGAGGAGGAGAUCGCGGAGCUGAAGGCUGAGCGCAACAACACACGGCUGCUGCUGGAGCACCUGGAGUGCCUGGUGUCGCGUCACGAGCGCAGCCUGAGGAUGACGGUGGUGAAGCGGCAGGCCCAGUCCCCAGCGGGCGUCUCCAGCGAGGUGGAGGUCCUGAAAGCCCUCAAGUCCCUGUUUGAGCACCACAAAGCUCUGGACGAGAAGGUGCGGGAGAGGCUACGGGUGGCUCUGGAGCGAGUGGCGACCCUGGAGGAGGAGCUGCAGUCGUCCUCGCAAGAGGUCGUGUCUUUAAAGGAGCAAAUCAAGAGACGGCAGCAAGGACUGGACAACGGCAAAGAGCGGCUUCCCAACGGACCUUCCUCCAUCUUGGACGACGGAGAAACUGACCGGCAGAGAGAGGGUGAGAUAGAGCGACAGAGGUCGGAGCUGGGGCAGCUGAAGGAGCGACUGGCGCUCAUGUGCAGACAGGUCGGGGAGAUCGAGGAGCAGCUGACGUCGGCCAGGAGGGAGCUGGCCCGGUCCGAGGAGGCCAACCAGAAACUACAGAGGGACGUGAAGGAGGCACUUUGUCAAAGGGAAGACAUGGAGGAGAGGAUCACCACGUUAGAACGCAGGUACCUGAGCGCCCAGAGGGAGGCAACAUCUCUCCACGACAUUAAAGACAAGCUGGAGAACGAGUUGGCCAGCAAAGAGUCUCUGUACAGACAGAGCGAGGAGAAGAACCGGCAGCUCCAGGAGCGUCUCGACGACGCCAAGCAGAAGCUGCAGCAGACUCUGCAGAGAGCGGAGACGCUGCCUGAGAUCGAGGCCCAGCUCGCCCAGAGGGUGGCAGCACUCAACAAGGCGGAGGAGCGUCAUGGCAACUUUGAGGAGCGACUGCGACAGAUGGAGUCGCAACUGGAGGAGAAGAACCAGGAGCUACAGAGAGCAAGGCAGAGGGAGAGGAUGAACGACGAACACAACAAGCGUCUCUCCGACACGGUGGACAAGCUGCUGUCAGAGUCCAACGAGAGGCUGCAGCUCCAUCUGAAGGAGAGGAUGGCGGCGCUGGAGGAGAAGAACGCUCUGUCUGAGGAACUGUCCAACAUGAAGAAACUCCAGGACGACCUCUUAGCCAACAAGGACCAACUGAUCGCGGAGCUGGAGAGGCUUCAGCUGGAGUUGGAUCAGCUGAGAGCGAGACCCGGCGGCUCUUACUCCAGUCGCUCACUGCCAGGUAGCGCUCUGGAGUUACGGUAUUCCCACGGGGGCGGGUCCCUCCCGACAGGUUCCACCACUCACCUGGAUCCCUUUGGCAACGCUACCAGCGGGGGAGUGGUCCGGCGGAGUCACCGUACUCGCUGGAGCUCUGCGCGGGAAGACUCCACCAAGUACCCAGACUGGGAGAGCGGGGGUCUGCUGGGGUCCGGGUUCGAGCCCGGCGUGGACGUGGGCUGCUCUGACGACGAGGACGAUGGGGACCACCGCUUUGGCUCCGAGCUGCUGUCCCCCAGUGGACAGACGGACGUGCAGACUCUGGCCAUCAUGCUGCAGGAACAGCUGGAGGCCAUCAACAAGGAGAUCAAACUGAUCCAGGAGGAGAAGGAGAACACGGAGCUGCGCGCCGAGGAGAUCGAGAGCCGGGUCAGCGUGGCGUUGGACGGCCCGCCCAUUCCUCCGACCUCGCUGGGCAGAGACGGCACGGGACGGGGCUUCAUCCCGUCGUCCAUCACGUCCUCCACCCUGGCCUCCCCCUCUCCCCCCAGCUCGGGACACUCCACCCCUCGCCUCCCUCACUCCCCGGCCCGUGAGACUGACAGACAGAACAACAAAGACGACGACCGCUCGCUCGCGCUCCUCGACUCCACGCCCCCUCCCACCCCCCGUGCGCUGCGAUUGGACAGGAUGGCCCUCACCCACCCGGGCGCCAUGCUGGACGACCCACGGGACUUCCGCAGUCUCUCAGCAGACGGCAGCAGCUCCAACAGCAGCCAAGACUCCCUCCACAAAUCCAGCAAGAAGAAAAGCAUCAAGUCUUCCAUCGGUCGGCUUUUUGGGAAGAAGGAGAAGGGGAGGAUGGGCCAGCCCGGGCGGGACGGAUCCUCUUCACUUGCAUCGACUCCGUCCGAGGACCUGGCCUCUGGAGAUCCCAUGGGCUUGAACAAGACCGGGACUCUGGGUCCGGCAGAUAAAGACCGCCGCAGCAAGAAGAAACACGAGCUCCUGGAGGAAGCUUGUCGCCAAGGACUUCCCUUUGCGUCGUGGGACGGACCCACAGUCGUGUCCUGGUUGGAGCUGUGGGUGGGAAUGCCGGCCUGGUACGUCGCGGCCUGCCGCGCAAACGUGAAGAGCGGCGCCAUCAUGGCCAACCUCUCCGACACGGAGAUCCAGAGGGAGAUCGGCAUCAGUAACCCGCUGCACCGCCUCAAACUGCGGCUCGCCAUCCAGGAGAUGGUGUCGCUGACCAGCCCGUCUGCACCGGCCAGCACUCGCUCUUCGACCAGUAACGUGUGGAUGACCCACGCUGAGAUGGAGUCCCUGAACGCAGCGACCAAACCUCCAGAGCUGAAGGAGUUCAGCUGGGACCAGAUUCUGGCCUACGGCGAUAUGAAUCACGAGUGGGUGGGCAACGACUGGCUGCCCAGCCUGGGCCUCCCGCAGUACCGCAGCUACUUCAUGGAGUCCCUGGUGGACGCGCGCAUGCUGGACCACCUGACCAAGAAGGAGCUGAGGGGACAGCUCAAAAUGGUGGACAGCUUUCACAGGGUCAGUUUGCAUUACGGCAUCAUGUGCCUGAAGCGCCUGAACUACGAUCGCAAGGAGCUGGAGAGGAGGAGAGAGGAGAGCGCACACCAGAACAAAGAUGUGAUGGUGUGGUCCAACGAGCGAGUGAUGUGCUGGGUGCAGAUGAUCAGUCUGAAGGAAUACGCCGACAACCUCCGGGAGAGCGGCGUCCACGGGGCGCUGCUGGCUUUAGACGACACUUUCGACUACACCGACCUGGCGCUGCUGCUGCAGAUCCCCAACCAGAACACGCAGGCCAGGCAGCUCCUGGAGCAGGAGUACAACUCCCUCCUCACCAUGGGAACCGAGAGACGACCCGAUGAGGACGGGUCAAAGACGUUCACGCGCUCGCCGUCCUGGAGGAAGAUGUUCAGGGAGAAGGAUCUGAGGGGCGUGACCUCCGACUCUGCCGAGACCCUGCCUGCGAACUUCCGUGCCUCAGCCAUCUCCACGCCCUCCGUGACCCUGAGGAAAGUCCAGAGUGAUGCCAACUCUGGUGCCCGGGGUGAAUCUGCCUCAGUGAGGACGUACUCCUGCUAAAGGAACCACGAGGACUUCGACUGGAUCGGGACUGGACUUUGAGGACGCUCUCGCUCGUCCGCGUGGAGGGAAAAGAAGCAACGAACGAAACCGUUUCACUUCAAAAGUAAAAAGAAAUCUGACCAUUCUGCAAUAACAGAAGCAAAAGAGGAAUAAAGGGGGGGAAAAAUGACGAGAAGAAUGUAGGAUAUGUUUUUUUUGUCCGAGCAGAUUUGGAAAGUUUGAAUGGAGUCAGCUGUUUUCUCUCUCUCUCUCUCUCUUUGUCUCUCUCUCUCGCUCUCUUUGUCUCUCUCUCUCUCGCUCGUCGGUGCUGGUCGGGUCGUUAAAGGGCGAUGUCGGGUUGUGUUGGUGAGGUGUGUGUCGGGAAUGUCGGGAAUGCUUCUCCUUCAAACCGCUCGCUGCCGUUUGUUCUCGUGAAACGCGGCACAUUUUACUGAGCGUCCUCCUCCUCCUCCUCCUCCUCCUCCUCCUCCAUGAGGCGUUUACAAUUUUGAAAACAAGAGCAAGGAGAGGAAGUUUUAAACUGUUAAAAAACGCUGUAAAAGGAGCAGCUUUUAAAGCAACGCCAGAGGAGUUCUUCCUUUCUACCAGGGGUUGACCGAUUAUCAGCCGAUUAAUGACAUUUAACGAUAUUAUUUUAAUAUGUAAAAAUGUACAUUGAGAAAAUCAUGGUCAGGGGAAAUGGUGACAUGUAACCAGAGGAAAGGUUGCCGGUUCGAGUCCCCACCAGGUCAAAGGUCUCAGGAAACACCUGAGCAAGGCACACGACCUCCAACACUACAACAAAGUUAAGAGUCUUAUUACAAAUAUAUGAAAAAUAAAUGUUCAAUAUUAUUAAUACACACACAGACAUAUAUAUAUAUAUAUAUAUAUA